GUAGUAGGACAAAAGUAGCCGGCAAGCCACAUCCAUCUUCGCCACAGAGGUUUGACUGCAGUUAGAAGAAGCGUAGAAAGUUUUCCAGCUGGAAGAGUGAAGCUCCUGACCCGUCAAAGGAGCAGACUGAUCUGAGAUCAGAUCCUGACAGCAGCAGACUUACCGCAGACACUUUGGGAAGGCGAGUCCAGACUUCACACAUUACUCCUGGUUUUCAGAAAACUACAAUGGCUGACCGAUUCGACUGCGAUAACUGCAAAGAAUCCCUGUAUGGCCGCAAGUACAUCCAAUCUGAUGACAACCCAUACUGCAUUCCCUGUUACGACAGUCUGUUUUCAAACACCUGUGAUGAAUGCAAAGAGCUAAUUGGCCAUGAUGCAAGGGAGCUCUUCUAUGAGGACAGACAUUAUCACGAGCAUUGUUUCCGUUGUUUCCGCUGCGACCGCUCACUGGCAGAUGAGCCCUUCACCAGCCAGGAUGACGCGCUGCUCUGCAACGACUGCUACUGUAAUGAGUUCUCCUCCAAAUGUGUCGCCUGUGACAAGAUCGUCAUGCCAGGUGAAGGUACAAGAAAAUUGGAGUAUGCAGGCUCCACAUGGCACGAGGGCUGCUUCAUUUGUCACAGCUGUGAACAGCCGAUUGGCUCCAAGUCCUUCAUUCCUGACAAGGACGACCACUACUGUGUGCCCUGCUACGAGGAAAAGUUCGCUCCCCGCUGCACACGCUGUAAAAAGGCCCUGGCUAAAGGUGGUGUGACCUAUCGGGAUGAGCCGUGGCAUAAGGAGUGUUUUGUGUGCACAAACUGUAAGACGCAGUUGGCGGGUCAACACUUCACCUCCAGAGAUGACAGCCCCUAUUGCCUGAAGUGCUUUGGCAGCUUGUACGCCAAGAAGUGUGAGGCCUGCAGCAAACCAAUUACAGGAUUUGGAGGAGGCAAGUACAUCUCAUUUGAAGAUCGUCAGUGGCAUCAGCCGUGCUUCACCUGCUCCCAGUGCUCCAUCUCACUUGUGGGCGCUGGCUUUUUCCCUGAUGGCGACAAGAUCCUGUGCCGUGACUGCAACAGCAACCUAUAAAGCACUUAACCUGAUCUCACCAUUCCUUUUGUUCUUCAACAGCUUUUUUAAACAACCCAGAUUUACCAUGGAGGGUAACAGGCUAAAAAUAUUCUGCCUCAGGUCAUUUUAACAUAAAGACAUUAGUUUCUCAAUAAACUUGUCAUAUAGGAGGUUGCAAUCGUGAUGUUGCUAUGUUGUUUGCAUCAGUGAAAGUUAAAGACUGAGUGUCUUAUUACCAACAUUAUUUCUAUGUUAUUUAGUGUUUAAAUAAAAUUCUGCAAAUGCUUGUCACUUUGCCAAAAAUGUCUUAAUUAAUAUUACUUCAGGGCUCUAAAGAAAAGACUCAGAACACUGAUAUAGUAUGCAGUCUAUAUUACUAUUCUAAUGCUCUUAUAACUGCAGGUCCAUGCAUUUUGAAUGUUGCUUUUUAUCACCUUUCUCUUAUUGCUUUAUUAUCUUAUGCCUUACCUUAUGCAUUUUGAACAGGUUACUGUAUACAGUGACACAGAAGGAGGUGUGACACUUUUUGUAAAAAGUGGCCAAAUAUUGGACAUACUUUUCCUUAAAUUUAAAGUGAAAACAUGUAGAAGGUUUGUUGGUGUAGCUAGCUUUUGGUUUCCAGGACAUUUCAUUUGCACUUUGGAAAAGAUGUGCUUUUUUGCUUUCAUUAUUUACUGUUAUGUGCACAUAAUUACACAGUUGAAACACAUGGCAAAAGCAACACAUUUCUUUUUGCCACUUGUCUGCCUAUCUUAUUUUACAUAAAUGUUCAGUUCAGCCUUCUUUUUUCAAUAUUUUAAUGUGUAUUUUUAUUAUCUGUUCACAAAGAGUCAGUAUGUUUAACUUUGAAAGAAAAUGCAAAACUGUUCUGCAUUGCAAACGUUUGCAUGCCUUAAUUUGCCACUGCUUCUCUCAUUACUUAAUUUGUUGGGUUUUUUAUCGUUAGCUAUAGUCAUGUAUGUCAGAAAUUAUUGUGUUGCAACAAACUAUUUGCUCUCUUAGCGAUUUCUUCUGUUUGGCUUUUUGUUGUCACACAUUUUAAGUCAUCAAACAAAAUUCAUAUAUUGGAGAAAGAUAGAAAAGGCAGUUUUGACAUCAUAAUUUUAUUUAUUGAGGUAGAAACUCAUAUAUACCUGGUCCACUGUGAAAAGUAUACUUAAUAACUGGCUUUGUAACUCCUGGAAGCAACAAUUGUUGUCAUGCAUUUGCAAUAAGAGGCAGUGAGUCGUUCGAGGAAUUUUGUCCAAUUUUUCUUUGCAGAAUUGUUUUAUUUCAGCAACAUUUGGUUUUCCAGCAUAAAUUUAUGUUUUUAAGUUAAUUCCACAGGUUCUCAAUUCAAUUGAGGGUUUUGACUUGGCCUCUCCAAAACGUUCUUAUUGCUUUGUUUGCUUGUUGAGCCAUUCAGAGGUGGGCAUAUUGGGAUGGUAUAGAUUAUCAUUCUGCUGAAUAACCAAAGUGUACUUUUAAAGUCACAAAUUGACAAACUGAUGGCCAGACAAUUCAUGGUUGCAUCACUUAUUGCUGGUCAUCGAAGUCAUGAAGCAGCAAAGCAACCUCACGUCACUUUACCACCACUAUGUAUGAUUGAUUGCUUACUGUUCUUUUUCUGAGAAGCUGUUAUUGUUAUGCCAGAUGUAACAGGAUGCACAUCCUCCAAAAAGUUCUAUUUUUGUCUCGUGAAUGCACAGAAUAGUUUCCUAAAUGUUUUGGGAAAGAAGAUGUUGUUUUUACGGAUGAGAUCUGAAAGAUCAACAGUGAAUUUCACCUUGAAACUUUCCUAUUGAUACCAUUUUCUUAGUGGUAAAUAAUGAACAAGGACCUUAACUUAGGUAAUUAAAGCCACUCACUUUAUAUGUAGGCUGGGCUCUCCCGUGUUCUUCUGGAUGAGUCACCGAUGGGCGUUUAGAGUAAUUCUGGUCAUCCAGCCACGUUUCAGAACAAUUUCCACCUUUCCAUAUUUUAUCCAUUUGUGGAUAGUGGGAAGACAGACAACAAUGCCUUUUACAUUUUGCAUUUGGAGCUUUUUAUUAUUAUUGUUUGUUUGAUCAUUUCAAACUUUCAAGUGCGACAACAACAAAAAAAACAAGAAAUCAGUAAUGAGGCAAAUACUUUUUUUCACAGCAGCAUAGUUAUACUAUUUGUUUUGAUUAUUUCAGCUUUGAUGCUGGUGAGUCAGAGUUGGCCAAUACAUGUUUUAAAAUGGAAAAUAUGCCAUCAAAAUGAUAAUCUUUUUUAAUUUACUGUAAAUCAGUUUGUGAUUGUUGUGGAUAAAUUGUUGCUUCUAUUUUUAAAGAUCAAUUAAAUAAAGUGACACUGACUGA